AUGGGUCACAAAACCUCAAAAAAUGAGAAAGUGGAAAACCAUGUAGCGUUUCCCAAUGCAAAAACACUCGCCGAUCUACCUAACAUUACAAUCACGCACCCGACACCCAUCUACCAACCGGACACACCUAAUCCUUUUACUGUUCCACCACCAACCCCGAGGGAUUCUCACAGCCUGAAAUCUUUCAUCGAAGAGACUCCGAUUCUGAUAGCAUCUGGUAACAAUUCGGGGUCCAGUAGUCCUCCCAGGUGCAGUCCACCACCACCUCCGACUAUCCCUCCACCGGCGGAUCCUGCAAAAGAUGCAGUUUUUCAUCAUGAAGAAACUAGAAAGCACUUUGGAGCAUCUGUUCUCACCAGAGGAUCUAGUCCAUUACCUCCAAAGCCUGACGAAUCACAUUAUGCACCUCCUGUUAUCAAACGACCCAUAUAUUAUGCAAAAGACAAAAUUGAACUGUAUGAAGCUCUGAAUACAAGAGAUAGAAAUCCACCAACGUUGCCGCCUAUCCAGAAGAAGAAAGAAAAAGAAGAAUCCGCUUAUGCUGUGGGGACACCUCAUGUAAAAUUUGAUGUUACCAAGAAUGAGAAGAAGAAGAACCAUGUAGCGGACAAUGCAUCAGUUUCAUCUGUAAAAACUACCGAUGACUAUCCAAUCUACAAUAUCCUCGCUGAUUAUAACUACAGUUCUGGAAAGAACUUUAACAGUGGAGCUUUUCCAAUCGAUAUGAACCGUAAGAACUUUGGAUUCUGUGGUCGCAGCGGCUCGGGAAAAUCUUGGCUAAUCAAUUCCCUUCGUGGUUUGAACAACGGAGAUCCUCAAUCUGCUGGAAGAAGUCAUUGUGAUAGAAUGGAACCAUUUCGAUUUAUAGAAGGAGAAUUACAGCAGACUGUGUUAUGGGAAAUUCCGUAUCCAAGAACAUUUUCGUCGUCUAGUAUAGUUUUUGAUGCAAAUAUGGGAUUUGAGAAGUUUUAUGAAAGCCACAAACUGAAACUCUUCAAACGACUGUUCAUUCUGAUCCCUGACGGCGCCCCAACCGAUGAAGACAUCACUUUUGCCCGGGUGGCUCUAUCCAGACGCACAUCUAUUACCUUCCUGAUCACAAAAAGCGAUGACGACAUGGACGCGGAAAACAGAGAAAACGGAACAAAGCUAGACCAGGCAAUGAAAAGAUCCUAUGAGACGUCGGCAAGAUUAGUAUUCUCACGGUAUCUUCUCUCAAAGGCUCAAAUACUAAAUGACGUCGAGCUUUUGUUUGUAAAUGCGCCAACAACAAGGAAUUUAGUUAGUGGAACUGUUGGAUAUCUUCAUUAUUUAAUGAAUGAGGAGCGAUUAUUAGAAUUAUUGGAUCUCAGCACCGGGUGUCACUAUGAGUUAGAAGUGAAACUCAGAAGAGAAAGAGAAGAAUCAGGGAGACCAGCAAACGGAAAUAUUGAAACUUAUAGACUAGAGGAAACUCCUCAAGUUCAAGCUUAUGCAGUCAGUAGACCAACUAUUUUGGCAGAUGCUGGAUUUGAAAUUUCAUUCGGUACCGAUGAUAGAAUUUAUCAAUCUCUAGAGCCUAAAACUAUGGUUAGAAGAGCCGGAAAAACAUGUUUCAACUAUGGGUUUAUUGGAGGACGAGGAGUCGGAAAGUCGUCAUUGAUUGAUGCCAUGAGAGGAAUGUCCUCCAAGAAUCCCUUAUCAGCAACAAAACUCGGCAAGCCCUCGAAAAAUGGAAGUUGUGAAAAGUUCGAAUUCGAUGACACUGUCCUCAAGUACAGUGUCACAUUGUAUGAGCUCUCCUAUCCCAAGAAAAUCAGUUCCUAUUUCGAAUUCGUCGAUUUAUACAACGUCGCUUCCUUCACCGCUCUUUUCAUUCUCGUCGACCAAACACCGAGUGAGCAGGAUCUGGCUUUUGCUAAAAUUGCAUAUCGAAGGAAUGCUACUAUAUUGUUCUUGAUAUCGAAAUGCGAUAAAAAGCUAGCAGCUCGAAGUCGAAGCGAUGAAAUUCCUGUUUGUGAUCUUCUAAAACAACGAUACAUUGACAAGGCCCUAAACAAAUUUGAUAGUAUUAUGGCAUCCAAGGCAGCAGAAUUACGUGGAAGAGUUAAUGUAUUCUUCGUUUCGGCUCCGGUGUUCAAAGCUCUCCGGAUGGGAGACCCGCAUGAAAGCCAAUUUGUGCUCCAUGAGCGUGCAAUGUUUGAUUUCCUGAAAUCGCGGAGAAUGAUCGCAGACAUGUUGGAUGAUCCGCCAGCAGAGAACGCUUACGCUCAGGUGGACCUUGAGACUGCAGGAGUUCGUUAA